AUGCGUCCAACAUCAAAUCGUCAAACAAAAACAUCAUUACUUCGUCAAUCAAAGAUACGUUCCUCUCUUCGUUCAGCACCAUUUGUUUAUCAGAAAUCAUUGAAACAAAUAACAAACAUGUACAGUAGUAAACAAGAAGGGGAAAAUGAUCCUGUUUCAAUGUCAAAUGUUGAAGAACAACAACAGAAAAAAACUGGAAAUGGUGUGAUGAAAAAUGUUGUAUUUAAACGUCGCUCUGUUAAAAAACUAGCCGCUAUUCUAUCUGGUUCGUCACUCGAUAAUUCAACAAAAGAAAGUGAUACGUUAAAACAAGUUAUUGUCUCAUCGCUAACAGAAACAGUCCAAAAAUUGGAAAUUGCUGUUGACGAUCAAGAAAAUAAGCCAUCAGGACAACAAAAAGUGUUAAAGCCACAACGAGUAAUUCCUCCUCCGAAACCAAGAGCGGUGAUUGUAAGAGAACCUUCCGCGGCAAUAGCAGUCGUUAUUAAACAAUUAGAAAUUGUGACAAUUGAACCAUCGUUUGCAAGAGAUAACGAUUUUGAUAUUGAUGAAUUGGAUGAGGAUGAAUAUAGAGUCAAUGGUGAAAUAUAUGUAAUGAAUUAUGUUCGUGAUAUAAUGAAUU